AUGGAAACAGAGGAAGACUAUGAAGAAAUAGCAGCCGCAAACCGUUCACUCCGAGGAAAAAGUGAUAUAGCUUGGUCCUAUGUGAUUAAAUCAACUGAUUCAAGAGGGAAAACGGUUUUGGAAUGCUCAUUUUGUGACAAAAAAAAAUUAGGAGGUGGAAUUAAUAGGAUGAAACAACAUAUUGCUGGCGUGAAAGGGAAUACAGAUGCGUGUUCGCAGAUUCCAGGAGAUGUGCGAUUUAAGAUAUUGAACGCAUUAAAAGAAAUUGAGAACAAGAAGAAGAAGCAGACUGUUUUGGAUGAUAUGAACGACGGUCCUGAAAUUCAAGAUGGUGAUGGAGAUGAUAUCGAAGGUGAUCCUAUGAUGAAUAAGGUAGCAAGUAUGGGUCAUGGAUAUGUGGGGCCUUCAUACCAUGCUCUACGUGUUGGAUUGUUGCGUGAUGCUAAGGUGCAAGUUUUUUUGAUCAUUGAUAAGUUUAGGAAUACUUGGGCUACUACUGGAUGUACUCUUAUGGCAGAUGGAUGGAAGGACACAAGACAAAGACCGCUGGUUAAUUUCUUAGUUUAUUGUCCUAAAGGAAUUACAUUUCUCAAGUCAGUUGAUGCUUCUGAUAUCUAUGCAAGUGCUGAGAAUUUAUGCAACUUGUUUGCUGAACUUGUGGGUAUGGUCGGUUCAGAAAAUGUAGUUCAUUUUGUAACUGAUAGUGCACCCAACUACAAAGCUGCUGGAAAGCUUCUCGCUGAAAAGUUUCCCACCAUUGCUUGGUCUCCAUGUGCAGCUCAUUGUAUCAAUCUGAUUUUGGAAGAUGUGACAAAACUACCUUCUGUUCACAAUUUAGCUCACCGUAUGUCUAAGGUAACCAUUUUUGUUUACAACCAUAAGUCAACUUUAAAUUGGGUCAGAAAAAGACCUGGUUGGAGAGAGAUCAUUCGAUCUGGAGAAACACGUUUUGCUACAACUUUCAUUGCUCUACAAAGUCUCUAUCAACAUAAAGAAGAUCUACAAGCUUUGGUUACAAGUACAGAUGCUGAACUCAAGCAGCUUUUCAAGACGUCUAAAGCAAAGGAAGCUAAAUUGAUUAUUUUGGAUGAGCGAAUGUGGAAUGAAUGCUUGAUAAUCUUCAAGAUUAUGACUCCUAUCAUUCGAUUGUUACGCAUUUGUGAUGCUGAUGAGAAGCCUUCUUUGCCAUAUGUGUAUGAAGGGAUGUAUCGAGCAAGACUAGGAAUUAAAACGAUGUUCAGAAAAAGAAAACCUCUUUACCAGCCUUAUACAAACAUCAUUGAUAGAAGAUGGGAUCGUAUGUUACGCCAUGAUCUUCAUGCUGCAGCGUACUAUUUGAACCCGGCUUUCAUGUAUGACCAAACUUCAGUUUCUGAGAAGCCUGAAGUUAUGAGUGGGUUGAUGAGCUUAAUUGGGAAGCAAACAGAGAAUAGCAAAACGAAGCUCGUUCAAGAGCUUAGGUUUUAUAGAGAACGUGAAGGCAGCUUUUCUCCUGAUAUGGCUCUUACUUGCAGCAAAACAUCUCAGCCAGAUGAAUGGUGGAGAUAUUUUGGUUAUGAUGCUCCUAAUUUGCAAAAGUCAAAAAGAAAAAGAUCAUAUGAUCCUGUUGACUACGAAUCUAUUGAUAAAACAGAGUUUUGGAUCGUUGAAGAAGAAGAAGCAGGUGAACUUGAAUAUGAUGAAUUAGAGAAUGCUCUUGCUGAGGAAUAUCCCAAAGAUCAUGAAGAAACAAACCCUGAAAAGUCUAAUGAUGUUUCAGAUUUUGAUGAAGACUUCGCUUUGCCACCUGAAGAACACGAAGGGAAUGGUGAUAGAGACAACCAAGAUUGGUUGUUGUGA